AUGGCCGCCACCACGACCAUGGAUAAGCCCGCGCCCAAGGACUUGUCCUACCACUAUUCCCGUGUUACCAAGAACCGGGUUCCCAGCAAGAUGAAGUCUUUCUAUCAAUACUUCUUCAUCCCGGGCAUCGGCAAUCUCGCUGGAGGCCUUCCUAACCCUUCCUACUUCCCUUACGACACAUUGGAGGCUGCCACUGCCACGCCAGAUCGGUUCAAGCCGACUCCCAACGACCCAGUCGAUCCUCCAACCGAAAGGCUUGCCAAAGCCACAUUGUCCGACGGUGUGAAGGCUUCCCGAGUCCUUGUUCCCCACGAUUCCGCCGAGUCAAACAUUUUGCGCAAGAUCGACCUGACUACUGCUCUGCAAUAUGGCACUGCUCAGGGAUAUCCUCCCCUCUACACCUUCAUUCGCUCCUUUGCGCAGACCAACUUGCACCCCAAUACGCCUUAUGAAGGUGGACCAGAAGUCAUCUUGACAUGCGGCUCUACGGACGCCUUUGCCAAAACUCUUGAGUGCUUCACUAACAUCUGGGACGAGGAAAGAGAUUGGAUCCGAGAGCGAGAAGGUCUCCUGUGCGAAGAAUUCGCUUAUAUGAAUGCCAUUCAAGCUGCCAGGCCUCGUGGUCUCAAUGUUGUCCCUGUGGCAAUCGAUGACGAAGGUAUGCUGGCAUUUGGAAAAGGUGGGCUUUACGAGGUUCUGGAGAAUUGGGACAAGAACAAGGGCAAGAGACCCCAUAUUAUGUAUACUGUGACGAUGGGACAAAACCCGACAUCUGGGCUACUCUCGGUCAAGAGACGCAAGGAGAUCUAUUCCGUAUGCCAGAAGUACGAUAUCAUCAUCGCCGAAGACGACCCAUACUGGUAUCUGCAAUAUCCUUCUGCCAACGAUCUCUCGAUCAAGGCACGAGGCAAGCCUGUGUCAGAAAACUUUCCCUCGGUUUCAACACACAACUACAAUACUGCAUCCGGAGGUAUAUCAAGCGGAUUCGACUUCCUGGAUAGCCUGGUACCUUCAUAUCUCUCGAUCGACGUUGACGGCCGAGUCGUGCGAAUGGACACAUUCAGCAAGACUGUGGCACCUGGUUGCCGUUUGGGCUGGAUUACAGCCCAGCCUGCUGUCUGUGCUAAAAUCCAACAGAUCACCGAGACCAGCACGCAACAACCCAGCGGGUUUGUUCAAAGUCUGAUUGUCGAACUCCUCGCGGGUCCUUCGUCGAAGGCAGACUCAGGCAAAGGUGGCAGCAAGGAUGGUAGUGGUUGGAAGGUGGAUGGUUGGGUCCGAUGGCUCGAAGGCCUGCGCGGCAAUUACGAACGACGUAUGCAGCUGAUGAGCUCCAUUCUUGAGGACGGCAAAUUCCUCAUUCAAGACGGACGGCGACGAUCGACCGUGUCGGAAGACGAGGACGACUACCAGAUGCUCCACAAGACUCAGCUGUACGACUUUGCCUAUCCCAUGGCCGGCAUGUUUCUGUGGAUGCGGGCACAUUACGAGACACAUCCGCUCUACAGGAAGGUGGACCAUCAAAGACUUGCCAGAGCAUUGUGGACCUUUAUGACAACGGACGAUUAUUUGGUAUUGCUCAGUCCUGGCUCGAUCUUUUGCCCGACACAACAAAUCAUGGAAGAGAAGGGCUGGCAAUACUUCCGCCUUUGUUUUGCCGCUGUCGACGAUGAUGUCCUUGAGAAGCAUAGCAAAGCUGUGGUAAGCGCAUUUACGGACUUCUGGGCAAUUGAAGACGUCAAGACGAUCGACAAGCUUCUGGAAGAUGAGGAAGCGGCACAGGCGAGAUUCGACAAGAUCGCAGCGCAGAAUCAGGUAAGUCUCGUCAUCGAAGCGGCUGUUUGGAUGGGCUAA